CUCCUUACAUUUGAACUUGGAAUUGAGUUUUCAGUUUCCAUUUUUCUCUCUUCUUCUUCUUCUUCUUCUUCUUCCUCCCUCCCUCUCUCUCUCUCUCUCUAGUUUUAUUCUAUCUAUAAUCUAUCCCGAGGCUGCUUCCAAAUGCUUCCAAGUUUUUAAGUGGCUGCAUACUUCGGAGUUCGGGAUCUGCUGAUUCAUUGAAGUAUCUUCGGCUUACAGAAAGGGGGAGGGUAGCAGCACAUAAAAUGGACCAAUAUGAGGUUCUGGAGCAGAUUGGAAAAGGUUCUUUUGGUUCUGCUCUUCUCGUGAGGCAUAAACAUGAAAAGAAGAAGUAUGUAUUGAAGAAAAUUCGCCUUGCUCGCCAAACUGACAGGACCCGAAGAUCUGCUCAUCAGGAGAUGGAGCUUAUUUCAAAAGUACGCAAUCCAUUUAUUGUGGAGUACAAAGAUUCCUGGGUUGAAAAGGGCUGCUAUGUGUGCAUUGUUAUAGGAUACUGUGAAGGAGGAGACAUGGCUGAAGCUAUUAAAAGAGCAAAUGCUGUUCACUUUCCUGAGGAGAAACUCUGUAAGUGGCUUGUUCAACUGCUGAUGGCACUAGACUAUUUGCAUGCAAACCAUAUUCUUCAUCGUGAUGUCAAGUGUUCAAAUAUAUUUUUGACAAAAGAUCAAGACAUACGUUUAGGUGACUUUGGUCUUGCUAAAAUGUUGACUUCUGAUGAUCUUGCUUCCUCUGUUGUGGGAACUCCAAGUUAUAUGUGCCCUGAGCUUCUAGCUGAUAUACCAUAUGGUUCGAAGUCAGAUAUUUGGUCUUUAGGAUGCUGUAUAUAUGAAAUGACAGCACACAGGCCUGCAUUUAAAGCUUUUGAUAUGCAAGCUUUGAUCCAUAAAAUAAACAAGUCUAUAGUGGCUCCACUUCCGACUAUUUAUUCUGGGGCAUUUCGAGGGCUUGUUAAGACAAUGCUUCGGAAAAACCCAGAGCUUAGACCAAGUGCUGCAGAGUUGCUCAGGCACCCACAUCUUCAACCUUAUGUCCUUAGGAUACAUCUAAAAUUGAAUAGCCCAAGACGGGAUUCCUUCCAACUCUUGAGGUCUGAUUCGAACUACAUGAAGAAAACUAGGUUCAUUGAGCCGGAACCUGUUUCCAUGCUUGCAUACAGAGAGAGACGGUUAUCAUUCAGCAACAAUAGGGCCUUGAAUCCUAGCAUAUCUGGAACUGAACAGGAUUUCCCAUGUUCUACUCAAAGAGUAGAGGAAUUUCCAAAUAAAUUCAAUCGGAAGUUUUCAAAAUUAUCCGUUGGAAGCAUCCAUGAAGAUAUUUGUAUUGAUAAGUCAAUGGCCCCGAAGUAUUCAAGUGCUGCCAAAACCCCUAGAGUGACGGCAGCGAAAACUUCUUCUACUCCCAGGAGGCAGACAGCUCCAUCAAAGAUAUCCCACACUGGUUCUAAUCGUGACUCGCUUCCAGCACAUUGUACUCCAGCAAGCAGGUCUUCGCAGCCAACACGCAGAGCAUCUCUUCCAUUUCUGACAAGGACUGCGACUUCAGAAACCCCUUAUAGAGCCAAUGUUGGUAUCCUUCAAAGAAUGGAGUCUCCAGAUGUCUCUGUCAAUGCACCACGGAUUGAUAAGAUUGCUGAAUUUCCCUUGGCCUCUUCUGAAGACCCCCUAAAUGUUGUUCGAAGAACUUCAUCAACAUCUGCACAAUGCUCUUCUUGCUCCCCGGUCAGUGGUGAUCGCUCAAUCACCAAGGAUAAGUGCACGGUCCAAAUCUUGGACAGAACAUUUGCCAGGCAGAAUUUUGCUAACCCUCGAGUUGUGCCUAAUGGAAGUGACUGCUCUGAGCAGAAUCCAACUGCCGUUUCAAGCCGUUCGUCAUCAGAUUCACGGCAGCGUCGGUUUGACACCUCAUCAUACCAGCAACGUGCUGAAGCAUUAGAAGGAUUGCUCGAGUUUAGUGCUCGAAUCCUACAAGAAGAAAGGUUUGAAGAGCUUGGGGUGUUGUUGAAGCCGUUUGGGCCGGAGAAAGUUUCUCCUAGGGAAACUGCUAUUUGGUUAACCAAGAGCAUCAAGGAGACUGCAGCGUAACAGAAGUAUUACCUUAUUGCUGCAGCUGCCUGUUGCACAAUUCCUCUAGGUUCGCCCAUCUAAGAAGUUGUCCUUGUGGAGUGUCUAACUGAAGUGAGAUCAUCUUGUUCUCCAUCGUAGGAACUGUAUUUAAAGUUUAAACUUAACAAUAUAUGUGUGUGGAGGUGAAGAUUAAGUUUUAGAAUCGUAUGUUCAGAAGCUUGGAGCUUGGAUCCUGAAUUUGAAUGUCAAUUGGAUAGAAUGCUAAGUAAAAUUAUACUGAGUUUUGCUCAAAUUUAUAAAAAUUUAAGUUUGAAACUCA